AUGAGUGAAUUUUUUAAAUCUGCUAUGGGUUAUUUCAAUAAUCCAACAACUAGCACAUCAACGACAAAUAGCAACAACACAUCACAGCCAAAUAGUGGUGGCUCAUCAUCCGUAAAUGUCAACAACACAUACAGAAGUUCAUCGUCGUCGUUGCAGGAAAAUGACUUUUGUGGCCAAAUUGUGGAAAUCAAUGGCCGUAAAUUGCGUGUAAAAAGAGUUAUUGCAGAAGGCGGUUUUGCAUUCGUUUAUGUUGCCCAAGAUAUACAGACGGACAAAGAAUAUGCCCUGAAGCGUCUCAUUGGUGCCGAUAAGAAAGCAUGUCAGGCUAUUAUCAAUGAAAUAAAUACACACAAACGUUUGACGGGACAUCCGAAUAUUGUUGGAUUUGUUUCGGCGACAUUUAUUGAUAAAACCACAGGACCUCAGCAGCGUGCUGAAUAUCUACUCUUAUCCGAGUUGUGUAAAGGAGGUUCAUUAAUCGAUUGUAUGGGCUCAACACUAGAACCUCCAGUCGUAUUGAGAAUAUUUUAUCAGGCCGUUAAAGCUGUGGCCCAUAUGCAUUCACAAACGCCUCCGAUUAUUCAUCGGGAUAUAAAAAUUGAAAAUUAUUUACUGGGCGAUGAUAAACAAUUGAAAUUGUGUGAUUUUGGUUCGUCAACAAGUGAAACGUUUGCACCCACACUAGAUUGGAAUGCUCAGCAAAGGAAUACUUUGGAGGAUCAGUUAAGCUGUGUCACCACACCCAUGUAUCGGGCCCCUGAAAUGCUCGACACCUGGUCAAAUUAUGAAGUGGGCACCAAAGUAGAUGUCUGGUCAUUGGGCUGUAUUUUAUAUGUCCUGUGCUUUCAAAAACAUCCCUUUGAGGAUUCAGCCAAGUUACGCAUAAUAAAUGGAAAUUAUACAAUACCAACAGAUUCGAGAUUCCAAUGUUUUCAUGAUAUAAUUCGAGGUUGUUUAACAGUCGAUCCAGCACAUCGUUUUAGCAUCUCAACAAUAUUGGAUCGUUUGGCUGCCAUAUCGGAAACAAUGCAGUGGAGUUUAAAAGGCCCCUUGGAUUUGCGUGGUAAACCAAUUGUUACCACCACCCCAGAACAUUUAAGUCCACAACCAUUAGGUUGCCAGCCACAACAACAACGUUCCUCUGCCGGAAAUUCUAUAUUUUAUGAUGAUCCUUCCAACAAUGUACCACCAGGUCAAACGUCUUCUCAACACCAGCAACAAAGUUCCUCUUCUUCAAUGAAUUCAACCAAUGGCAGUUUAUUGUCUUCGCUGCGUGGUGGUGCCGGUAGUUUUUUGAAAAAUCUCAAAGACACCUCUUCGAAGGUUAUGCAAACAAUGCAACAGACAAUCGCACGCUCAGAUUUGGAUAUUAGUUAUAUAACAUCACGGGUAUUGGUAAUGCCAUGCCCCUCCGAAGGCUUUGAAUCGGCAUACAAGACAAACAAUAUCGAAGAUGUCCGACUGUCAAUUGAAAGUCGUUUUCCUCCGCAAAAAGUUAGCGUUUAUAAUUUUGGUCCUCGAUCUUGCCCACGACUGGCGCCACCCGUUCGCACAGUGGAAGCUGGCAGCAUAUAUGGUUGUUCUCAGGCUCGUGCACCCAAUUUGCAGGGCCUCUUUUCCGUUGCUGAAGAUAUGUACGGUUUCCUUACAGCUGAUCCCAAAUCAAUUGUUAUUAUACAAACUGGCGAUUCGGGCGGUUGUACAGCAGCAACACUGGUAUGCGCCUUACUUAUGUAUUCCGAUUUGAUUUUAGAACCCGAAGAUGCUGUCCAGGUGUUUGCCGUCAAACGUCAUCCCGUGAAUUUACGACCAUCGGAAUUUCGUUAUCUCUACUAUUUGGGUGAUAUUCUACGCCCAACGCCAUUGCUGCCUCACUAUAAAAAUAUUAAUUUGAUAUCGUUAAGUUGUCAACCAGUACCUCGUAUGACUAAGACACGUGAUGGUUGUCGCAUUUAUAUCGAAAUUUACAAUAAUGAACGUCUGCUACUCUCCACAAUGCAAGACUACGAGAAAAUGCGUUUAUAUAUGGCGGGGCCGGGCAAAAUCACUCUGCCCAUUAAUGUGACCGUGUGUGGUGAUUUUGUUGUGGUUCUAUAUCAUGCCCGCAAAGGUAUGGUUAGACCACAGGGUAUCAAAAUAUGUCAAUUUCAAUUGCACACAGGUUUUAUACCCGAGCAAGAGACAUUGAUAAAUUUUGCCACACAAGAUUUGGAUGAUUUACCCACAGACGCCGAGUGUGUACCUCCAAAUUUUGCCGUCUCUUUGUCUCUGGCUGUUAUGGAUACUGAAUCGCCACCGACACGCAAUCCACCAUGGCUUUUAACCAAACCCAGUCGUAAUGCUUUUAAUUUGUUUAGCUCACAGUUGGAAUAUGAAGAAAUGAUCGAUAAUUUUGUGACAAAACCAACAGCAAAGGACUCGGCCGCACAGCAGUCUAGACCUGCAGUGGCGACCGUCACACACAAAGAAAAACCCAUGACUCCGCCAUUGAUAAUGCCGGACAUAACAGAAAUUUCACAUGAAUCACAUUUUACCCAACCGGAUCCAGCUCCACCCAUAGAUUUGCUAAAUCUAAAUCAACCCUCAGCUACACAUCACAACUUCACCGAUCCCCAGGCAACAGCUAUGCCUUCAACAGAUGCUAGCUUCGAUCUGUUGGGUGCAUUUGGUGAUGAUGAUUCAUCGGGUAUUGGUACCGCACCAAUACCAGAUAUUUUGGCAAAUAAUUCUCAGCCUAAAUCAGCGGCAGAUUUAGAUGAUAUAUUCGGGCCGCUACAAUCGGAGGCACCUUCCACGUUUAAUUUAGAUUUUAAUGCUUUUGCUUCGCCAACACCAACACCUCAGACAGCAGCUCCACCAUUUUGUGCUCCCAAGAUAACAACAAGUAAUUCAGCUACUAAUGUACCCACUUUUAACACAGUGCCCACAUUUAACACGCCGACAGUAAAUAAGGAACCCCAGCAACAGCCCAAAGAUCCAUUUGCCGACAUUGCCAGCUUAGCUACCGGUUUAAAUAUCAACUUUACACCUCAGACACUGGGUGGCAAAUCAGCUGGUCACACUCCAGUGGGUACAAGUCCAUUUGCCACACAUUUUUCCAGUCCCACACAUAACAACAACAUCAACGCAACACCCAAUUCAACACGUAUGCCCAGUAAUACCGUGCCCCAACCAUCACCCAAUCACAUGAAAUCUCCAAAUAAUACAACAUUUGGUAUGCAAGCUCCCCCUCCAUCAUUUGCCACACCCUCACCCCAACCAACAGGUGUUGCAGCUGGUACCACUCCGACAUCGGCCCCAACAAAUACACGGCCCGAUUAUAGUCGUUCACAUUUCGAACAACCCAAACCCGCAGGCUCAACAGCAUCACAACAAUCAAAAAGUUCAGAUAUUUUUGCUGACAUCUUGGGUGAGCAGGGUUAUAAGUUUACAAGUAAAGCCAAUCAGGGUCCACGAUCGAUAAAUGAAAUGCGCAAGGAAGAUUUAAUCAAAGAUAUGGAUCCGAAAAAGGUUAUGAUUAUGGAAUGGACGGAGGGCAAAAAGAAUAAUAUACGUGCUUUGUUAUGUUCAAUGCAUACUGUGUUGUGGGCCGAUGCCAAAUGGACUAAAUGUGAAAUGUCUCAGCUAAUAACACCGGCCGAUGUUAAGAAGGGUUAUCGCAAGGCAUGUCUGGCUGUACAUCCGGAUAAGCAUAAUGGCACAGAAAAUGAAGAAAUUGCUAAAAUGAUUUUCAUGGAACUUAAUAACGCUUGGACUGACUUUGAAAAUGAUGCCACUCAGCAGAAUAUGUUCAAUUAAAAAUAAAACACACACACAAACAAAGA